CGAAUCUAAAUCCUGAUGAAGCACACGACAAAGUUUUCUUCUACGAUAACGAAGUAUGUGCUUGAAAAAGUACGCUUUAGCAUUUGCGUUAUUUAUCUGGUCAGUUGUUUAAAAAGAGCUCGUCUCUCGCUUUUGCCUUGGAUAAAGGUCGAUAUUGCAGUGACGAACGCUAUCUUACGAAGCGGAGUUCGAAUUUUUUCCGAAUGGAACAUGAUCGAUUGGACUCUGAAAAGUGACGACAAUGGGAAGUUGAUGAUAAAAAGCGUUGCGAUCAAAAAGCGAGACGAGACGAAAAUAUUGAACUGCGACGCUCUCUUUAACUUCGACGAAAAAACGAUCAACUCGGAAGCGUUUUCAGCGUUUUGCCGUGCCGGUCUCGUUUUCGACGGUCUGCUCGUAAUAGAUCUGCAGCACCGUACGAACGAUCCGUCGAUUUUUGCCGCCGGUACCGUGACGAAAUGGUCUAGAAGGUUUCGCAUCGACUCCUGGCACCACGAGCACUACGACAGCGUGGAGAUUGGCGAAAAACUCGCUCAAAUUUUACGCGGAAUGAUCGACGCUGAUCGACAGGACAAACAAAUUCCCGAUUUACUUUCCCCUUUGUCGAAGAAAGAAGUGCAUCUACCACUUCCAGCGUACCGUGCACCCGUUGUGAUCGCUUGCGUUCUACCAGGGAAUUAUUAUUAUUUGCACGUCCGCAAACCUGGAAAGAAACCACGGCGCGGAAUAACGAUUAGCGACAACUCUUAUGGUGAAAUAUUCGCAACCGGUUCUUGUAAAUCUGAAAUUGGGUAUUUUCGUAUUCGAUUGAACACAUGGAACUCCGUGGAAACUGUUACAUGCUUCAGUGGAAAGAUAUUCCGAGUGCGCGAUAUGAUCGCGUUACACGGAAAACACGAGAGCAUGUUGAACGAGCUGAGAUUCCGUUUUAGAAACUCGUGUAUUCCGGAUUUUUACGCGUACUUUCGCGAACCUUGGGCCGCGGCGAUUCUCCACGACCGAUUCGAAUAUCUGCGCAUCGAAAAUCGAGCUAUCCUACUGUCGCAGAACGACACUCACGAUGAUUCCUUGGUCAAUAAUUGCGUAAACGCUCUUAUCAAGUCCGAUUGGAAAGCGAUAUCUAAAGAAGAUAGCCGUUACAUCGAGUUCAAGUACGCAAGCUCGACUUAUCGUCAAGAACUUGAGAGAAAUCUCCUGAAUUUUCUGAUAUUUUGGGAAGACGAUUUUCCAAUGUACUAUACCCCGUAUAAGAAACGCCAAAUGUACAUGAACGUUGAGGAGAGUCCAUUGUAUUUUGAGCAAUAAAACAUUUUUUAACUAAUUUAUAUAUCAAUA